AUGGCCACCCCCGGCGAUUCCAACUUCAUGAUGUCGGACGGCUUGGCCCCGCAGAGGCGGCCUGGAGGUUUCCCCUCGUCCUCAUCAACUCGUCCCCGAGGCCCGCCGUCAGAGAACAUGGGAACUCCUCGAGACGACUAUGGCGAUGCUGAUGGAUUUGCCGACGACCAGCUCCCUCGCAGCUCGCGCAUCCCGGAUGCUGCUAGUAUUCCCAAGGUGGAGGAUCGUAUCGGCAUGCUUGUCCAGGAGCACUUUGAGGGCUUCAUUGAAAACUUUGCUGAAGCUCCUCUUUCAUCGAGCGCACCCCCCUCGAGUGCCGUCACAACGAACAAGUACUACAUUGCUCAGAUAAGGGGUAUGAAAACGUACCAACUGUCAACCUUCUACGUCGACUACAAGCAUCUUGCCUCUUGGGAGAAUGGCAGUCUGGCAGACGGUAUUAUCCGCCAAUACUAUCGUUUCCUCCCCUUCCUCACCGCCGCAUUGCAUAACAUGAUUGCAAAAUAUGAGCCACAAUAUUUCCGCGAGCAUCGACAAGCCACCACAUCCAGCAAGCUGAGCACUUCUGGAGCCAGCCAGUUUGGUUCGGGAACGCAAAGCGAUUUAUCCCAAAGGAAGAACGAGCAUCAACAGACGGACAAGCUUUUUUCCAUUGCCUUUUAUAAUCUGCCUCUUGUCUCGCGCAUUCGAGCCCUGAGAGCCGCCAACAUUGGCCAGCUGCUCUCCAUCUCCGGCACAGUUACGAGAACCUCAGAGGUUCGGCCCGAGUUAUCAUUGGCCACAUUCGUCUGCGAGGCUUGUCGUGCUGUUGUCCCCAAUGUCGAGCAAACAUUUCGAUAUACUGAACCAACCCAAUGUCCCAAUCAGACUUGCCAAAAUCGUGUCUCAUGGCAAUUGGAUAUCCGUCAUAGCACAUUUGUUGAUUGGCAAAAGGUUCGCAUCCAGGAAAACAGCUCUGAGAUUCCCACGGGUAGUAUGCCUCGUACCAUGGAUGUCAUUCUGAGAGGCGAGAUUGUCGAUCGUGCCAAGGCUGGUGAAAAGUGCAUCUUCACUGGCGCUCUGAUUGUGGUGCCCGAUGUCAGCCAGCUCGGCCUUCCUGGCUUGCGGCCCACGGCGGUUCGUGAUGAUCGCGGGGCCCCUCGUGGAGCCGAUGUCGGUGGUAACGGCAUCUCAGGUCUCAAGGCUCUCGGAGUUCGAGAUCUCACAUAUCGCUUGGCAUUCCUUGCGUGCAUGGUCGCGCCAGAUACCACCGCCACUGGCCAAUCCGCCGCCAGCGGCGCCAUCGACGUUGUCAAUGCUCUUACUCAGAAUCAUGGCAAUAUCUCCGAGGGUGCCGAGUCAGUCGAAGAGGCUCAGGCCGCCGUCCUGGCGUCCAUGAAUCGAUCCGAGAUUGAAGACCUGCGAGCCAUGGUCCACGGUGAUCAUAUCUAUUCUCGACUGGUCAAUUCUAUUGCGCCGACAGUGUAUGGACACGAGGUGGUCAAAAAGGGUAUCCUCUUGCAGCUCAUGUCUGGUGUCAGCAAGACUACGGCUGAAGGAAUGCAGUUGAGAGGUGACAUCAACAUCUGCGUCGUUGGAGAUCCUUCGACAUCCAAGUCCCAAUUCCUCAAAUAUGUGUGCUCCUUUGCGCCACGUGCAGUGUACACCAGCGGCAAAGCCUCGUCUGCUGCCGGUUUGACGGCCGCUGUAAUCAAGGAUGAGGAGACGGGAGAGUUUACUAUUGAGGCUGGUGCACUGAUGCUUGCGGACAAUGGCAUCUGCGCCAUUGACGAGUUCGACAAGAUGGAUAUUGCUGACCAAGUUGCUAUUCACGAAGCUAUGGAACAGCAGACAAUCUCAAUUGCAAAGGCGGGUAUCCAAGCAACGCUCAAUGCGCGUACAAGUAUCCUGGCUGCCGCCAAUCCAGUUGGAGGCCGCUAUAACCGGAAAACCACUCUGCGUGCCAACAUCAACAUGUCAGCACCUAUCAUGUCUCGUUUCGAUUUGUUCUUUGUUGUUCUGGAUGAAUGCUCCGAGCAGUUUGACCGUCAUCUUUCUGAGCACAUCGUUAGGGUUCACCAGCACCGUGACGAGGCCAUCACUCCAGAAUUUAGCACGGAGCAGCUCCAGCGGUAUAUCCGAUUUGCGAAAACAUUCCGGCCCGAAUUUACAGAUGAGGCGAGGGAAACCCUUGUUGAGAAAUACAAGGAGCUGCGAGCCGAUGAUGCCCAGGGUGGUGCCGGAAAGAACUCUUAUCGAAUUACUGUUCGUCAACUGGAGAGUAUGAUUCGUCUGUCCGAGGCCAUUGCCAAGGUCAACUGUGUUGAGGAAAUUUCCCCUGAAUUCGUCAUCGAGGCCUACAACCUCCUGCGCCAGAGUAUUAUAUCUGUUGAGCACGAUGAUAUUGAGAUGGAGGAGACAGAGGAUGCUGUGGAAGAUGGCGAAACACUGCUCCGCGCUCAGGAUGCUGCUCUUGGAGUCACCCCUGUGGAGGAUCACGAAGGUGACGCGGCCAUGGCCGAAGGCCAAGAUGAAUCACAGGUUGCGCCUAGGAAGAAGCACACCAUCACUUACGACAUGUACAUCCAAAUGGUGAACAUGUUCGUCCAGAGGAUCAGCGAAGAUGAGGCCGGCACCGGCGACGGUGUCGAGGGCAGCGUCCUGAUUAACUGGUAUCUGGAGCAGAAAGAGGCAGAGAUGGACGGAGAAGAAGACUACAACAGGGAGAAGACUCUUGCGAACAUGGUUCUGAAAAAGAUGGUCAAGGAAAAAAUAUUCAUGGCGCUCAGAGGCGAAGGUCUCACCGAGGGCGCAGGUCCCUCAACGCCUAUGAACGUCAUCUAUGUUCUACAUCCCAACUGUGCCGUUGAAGAGAUGUAG